AUGCUGACUUCCAGGCUAUUGGGUGGUGUGAAGGUAGCACAGACCUCUGUGAUGGUCACCAGGAACCUGGCGGCCGCGCAGAAGGCUAAUGACCCAAUCCAACAGUUGUUCCUCGACAAAAUCCGCGAGUACAAACAGAAGAGCGCUGGUGGCAAGAUCGAUGUCAGCCCAGCUAUUGCUAAGGAAAUGAAACAGGAGUUGGAGAAGCUGGAGAAGCAGUAUGGCGGUGGCUCCGGAGUGGACAUGACCUCAUUCCCUACCUUCAAAUUCGAGGAACCCAAGCUGGACCCCAUCAACGAGAGCCUCGCCAAGUGA